UUUUGAUGAGUACCUAAGAGCUUUAAGCAAGUGAUCUCAGUUAUUGAAGUGGGUCGAUCUUGGUAAGUUCACGAAAAAUCCCAUGUUCAAAACGAUUUGAUAGCUUAUUUAACUGUUUCUAAACAGCUACUUCCGUUUCCAUGCUUUUUUGUUUUUUCUUUGACCAAUCAUCUGUUGUUUAGUGGACGUAUUGCAUUGGUGUGAGUCUGACUGAUUAUUCAAAACUGUUUGGGGCUCAUAAUAUUAAUAGUUAGUUUAUUGCAACGUUGGUUUCUCCAAAUCUUUUUAACCUUAACAGAGAAAAGACUGUUUUAUGAAUUGUUAUAACUCAAGCGAAGGACUUUUCAAUAGGAUGCUCUGACUGUUAAUAGAAGUAUAAUAAAUUUACAACAAAAGCGCAAAAAUUUUUAACGAUCCCUGUAGACAAUAAUUCAAAGGAUUCCUGAAACUAUUGGAAAUACGGACAAUCAAAGUUUCUCUUAAAUUGCAUGUCAUUAACGAGGCACCAGUUUAAUUCUUACUAACAAUAGCCCGGAUGACGCAUUUUAGAAAAGAAUUUCCUUGUAAGAGAUGUGUUGAUACUCUCACUGGUAGUUGUAUCCAAAAAUAGAUAUAUAGAUUUAGCAGAGGCGAAAGGCGAAGCUCCCGUUAAUGAAAACAUAUUGAAAAGAAAUCCACUUAGAUGUGAGCUUGCGACUGGUUGAAAACAAGUAUCUUUUCAGGGGUAAACUGAAACCUGAGUCCACGAUAUGGUCCUCUGAUACUGGUCAGGGGAUACUUUGUUUUGACAGCUGUCAAUUGACCACAACAUGUAUGUUCUACAUUUCACAUUCUGGUUUCUCUUUGGUGCGGACGGACGGGGCGGGCGAACGUCCAGUCAUUGGACUACCAAAAUUUAUCCGAUGGUUGGAUGACCAAAUUUUCUUAGCUACGGGCCUCUGUUUUUAAGUGGGGGAGGACAUGGCAGUAGAAUCCCUGGCGAAUAGUGGGAGGAAGUGGUACGGGAGGCGCAAGAGGAAAAGGCGGGAGGUGGGAGUUUUAAAAGGCCGGGUAGUAAGCGGAAUGUUGGAAUAGGAGAAAAUUACGCAACAAUGCUUAUUACUCCGUUAUUAUCGCAAAGAAGCCAAGAAUGGGCAGGGAUUCUGGUUUUAGAGAAAAAAAUUUUGAAAAUUCCAAAAACAAAUUCAAGGCUGAAGUGGUUGGACUAGUGGCUUUCUGAUCCAAUGGUUUCUCGAUAAAAAGCUGAUAGUAGAAAUUUAAGGCAAAACAUCAGCGAAAUUUUUCAUGAGCCAAAUUCACGCUUUUGUAUUAUUGCUCAAUGAUAGCUGCAGGUUUCUUCAAAGUUUAGUAGCCGUCAAGUUAGGAGCGAAAAGAUAGAUAAAUCAACGCACUUGUUACAACAACGGAUCCGCCUUCAGCUUUUCUUUCUUUAAAAACGGCAAACUCAGUGGCGGAAUUGUGCCGUUAGUUGAUUAAUAUCCUUUAAUAUUUUAGUUGACUGAUUGCUCCAGUCGUUGAUAACAUUUUUAUUGCAGAAAUUAAAAUCAGCCAGUAAAGAUGAAGAUUUGUUGUGCGGCCUCUCUGAUAUGCUUCCUUCUCUUGGCAGCCAUGGUGUCGUCGUCAGGUAAAGAAGCAUUUAUAUUUAGUUAUUCAUCGUUUACAAUAAAUAUAUACCACGUUUUCCUUUGAAAAUAUGAUGUGAUUUUCUUUCUAAAUUUUCGGUGCUCCUGUCCACCUCGCAAAUAUCAGCGGUUAACCUAAAGUUAUUUGUUGCUCGCACUUGCAAGUUCAGCGUUGGUUCUGACGUCGUUCCCUAAUUUUGAACAAACAGUAGUGAAGUGCGCGGGAAAGCUUUCCUCUAUUGUCGACGGCGUCGCCGUUCAUAGUAGGGAGCUUUAACAUCGACGACGGCAACGAAAACGUCAGUUUUAAAAUGAAUUCCCGUUUUUUCAAUCUUUGUCGCGUUUAUUCCAAUUUGCUGAAAAUGGGAAGUGUAGGCGAAUUCCCUGGAGUUGAUUUCUUGAGGACCGCACUCAAGUUUAGAGAGAGAAAAAGAGAUUCGUCGUCGCUUGUUUACGUCCUCCAUGAAACUUGCAAUUAGACAUUUCACGUCCAGUCGUAGUCGUGCAAGGACGGUAAAGAAAUGUACUAAAAAGCGUGAUGCACGUGCAAAGUUGUUGUUUUGCGCAAUAAACCUAUUGCUUUUUUGACGUUCUCGUCGCCGUCGCCGUCGUCGUUGCUAAAGCUUCCUAGUUAUUAUCUUGCGUCGCAGACGCGCGUACUUUAACCUCGGUUAGUAACGUCUGCGAAUCAGCACCGAGAUACACGUUCUGCGCCCAAAAAGGACUCGAUCAACGAAUUACCGGAUGUGCUUUUCGAAUUUCCUUUGAGGCAGGCUAAUCGUGGUGCUUACUGCAAUCUUGGUACACAUGUGAGAGCCUAGAACGAGGAUUUCGAUCGAUGCUGUUGUGCAGACGGACUUGACCAGAGAGUUUUGUUUCGUCUGUGGCGAGGACUCAUGUUCAUAGUAGAGAACUAUAAUUUCAAGAAAGUCACUCUCCGUAUUUCUUGGUGCCGGAGACUUUUCAUUCGAGGUUUCAGUUUCGCCCGUGGCUUCGGCCAAAGGCCGAAGUUUUGUCGGCCUGCUGCCGCCACCGAAGCAUCUCGCCGCAAGUGAGAAAAAAACCUCCGGUGCCCUAAAGGUACUCUCCGAGUUAGAUCACUAAGCUCGAAAAAUGAAUAACGCGUGAAAUCUUCCCCCAUUUUCUCCAGCGCUGCGCUGCCAAAACAGCAGAGCCACCGCACCGCGUGUCUCUUGCACCUUUCGUGUUAUAUAAAUUCGAUUGACGUCACUGAAUGUAUUAAUGUCGGCAAAAUAAACAUGGGGUCAGUAUGAAGAAUUAGCUCAANACGCGUGAAAUCUUCCCCCAUUUUCUCCAGCGCUGCGCUGCCAAAACAGCAGAGCCACCGCACCGCGUGUCUCUUGCACCUUUCGUGUUAUAUAAAUUCGAUUGACGUCACUGAAUGUAUUAAUGUCGGCAAAAUAAACAUGGGGUCAGUAUGAAGAAUUAGCUCAAUGAAUUAGGCCAAUCAUAGAAAGAAACAUACUUUGAAUAAACAUCAUUGUUACAGGAGCGAAAAAUUAUUGUCGAUGUCAUCACUAUAACUAUAAUUAAGUACUAUAUUAUUAUUAUUGUUAUUAAUGAUAGAGGCGGGUUGUCAUUGAGGGUCGCCUGAAGGAAUUCUCCCACCCACACAUAAUAGUGUUGGGGGAUUCUAAGUAUGUUCUUUAUAUUUAUGUAUUUUAUUCCUUUCUCUUCUGUUCUGUAACAUUACCUAACUAACAUAAUACAGAAAUGAAUGGAAUGAUCAGUAGUAAACAGUGAUAGUAAUGAAUUAACAAUUAUUCUUUGAAAUCGAGGUGAAUAGUGGCAAAACAUUUACCGAGCCACGAAGUGGUGAGGUAAAUAUUUCUAAAGCCACUUUUCACCGAGAUUGAAAAGAAUAACUGUUUUAGUAUAUACACACGAAGUGAUCUCAGCAAAAUCAGAGAGGAAACCAUUACAAAGAACGAUUCGAUUGACAGAUCAGGUGAGCUAGACACGCGAAAGUUUAAAAAUAGAUCUUUGUAGAAUUUUCAAAAAUGCAAUUCACAGGCUUAUCACUCAGGCUUAGUUAAUAUUGUUGAAUAAUCCCCUCGACUUCGUCUCGGGGAUUAUUCAACAAUAUUAACUUCGCCUUCGCCUUCGAAUUGUUAAAUAUUAAAAGUUUUGUCUUUUUAUUUAGGUAUCUUAGCUUAUUCUCCCUACCACUCUACAAUUACUUUACUUACAUAAUAAGAUAUUUGAUGAAAUUACAUUUAAUCGUAAGAAAAAUUUGUUAAUUGUCCUGGUCAAAUAUUGUUUAUUUGUGAUUCAGUUGUGCCAGCGAAACGUACAGAAAAACGCGACGUCACGGACCAUGCCCAAAAAGUGGAUGAUCUUUUUCCCGGAAAUCUUCUGCCACAAUUGAGGAAACGUAAGCAAGAAAAAAUACAAUCCUUAAAUCUGCAAAUUUGUGUCCUGAGUCAAAUGUGUUAAAUUCGCACUGCGCAUCUCCCACUGCGCAUGACAAGAUGGUCGCUUUUAAAAGCGCCUCGAUUUCCUCAGAUUAAUUUUUUUCUUAGUCAAAUAUACUCUUUGUUGAGCUACAUACUUUUCUUUACCUUUAAAAAUAAUCCACUUUUUUUCAUUUACCCUUGACUGACAUGGUGUACCCUAUAGGGCCAGGAAGCAUAAAGUGUAUAAGCUCCCGGCCUUAAUAUAGGCUUCCUUGUCAUUACCACUUUGAACAUUUGUAAAAUAGAUUAUAUAGACUAGUGAAUUUGAUCGAUUUUGAAGAGAAAGUUAAUCCUGUAUUAACGGCAUGCCCCGGACCCCCCUUGGAAGCAUGUCGACUUCGGCCACUAGGGACUUCUCCCCCAAACGAUAAAUCCUAGAUAGAACCCUGAGUGGUAUUUGUCUAUUCUAUAUCGCUGUCACUGCUUAAGGAAAGUUUGGCCAAUGUCAAGUUGUAUUUGAAUAACGCGUGAAAUCUUCCGCCAUUUUCUCCAGCGCUGCGCUGCCAAAACAGCAAAGCUACCGCACUGUGUGUCUCUUGCACCCUUCGUGUUAUAUAAAUUCGAUUGACGUCACUGAAUGUAUUAAUGUCGGCAAAAGAAACAUAGGGUUAUGAAGAAUUAGCUCAAAGAAUUAUGCCAAUCAUAGAAAGAAACAUACUUUGAAUAAACAUCAUUGUUACAAGAGCGAAAAAUUAUUGUCGAUGUCAUCACUAUAACUAUAAUUAAGUACUAUAUUAUUAUUAUUAUUAUUAUUAUUAUUAUUAUUAUUAUCAUUAUUAUGUAAAGGCGGGUUGUUAUUAAGGGUCGCCUGAAGGAAUUCUCCCACCCACACAUAAUAGUGUUUGGGGAUUCUAAGUAUGUUCUUUAUAUUUAUGUAUUAUAUUCCUUUCUCUACUGUUCUGUAACACUUACUUAACUAACAUAACACAGAAAUGAAUGGAAUAAUUAUAGUAAACAGUGAUAGUAAUAAUUAUAGUAAAUAUUAAAAGUUUAGCAUUUUUAAUAAGGUAUCUUAGCUUAUUCUCCCUACCACUCUACAAUUACUUUGCUUAUACUACGACAUGAGAAAUCGUGCUAUUACGUUUACUUACAUAAUAACGUAUUUGAUGAAAUGAUAUUAAAUCGUGAGAAAAAUUUGUUAAUUGUCCUUGUCAAAUAUUGUUUAUUUGUAAUUCAGUUGUGCCAGCGAAACGUACAGAAAAACAAUCCUUAACUCUGCAAAUUUGUGUUCUGAGUCAAAUGUGUUAAGGCGAUUCGCAUUGUGCAUCUCUCAGUGCGCAUGACAAGAUGGUCGCUUUUAAAAGCGCCUCGAUUUCUUCAGAUUAAUUUUUUUCUUAGUCAAAUAUACUCUUUGUUGAGCUACAUACUUUUCUUUACUUUUAAAAAUAAUCCAUUUUUUAUUCAUUUACCCUUGACUCACAUGGUGUACCCUAUAGCGCCAGGAAGCAUAAAGUGUAUAAGCUCCCGGCCUUAAUAUAGGCUUCCUUGUCAUUACCACUUUGAAACUUUGUAAAAUAGAUUAGUGAAUUUGAUCGAUUUUGAAGAGAAAGUUAAUCCUGUAUUAACGGGGUGUCCGUAUUAAGGGAAUUGAAUUUAGAGAAAAUGUAAAGGCUUUGUUUCCCCAGGGACAAAGAAAAUCGUACGUAAUAAUAUGAGUAAUCCAUACGAAACAGCACUGUCGCAAUAAACGAUCGAUGAUUACUCCUGAAGCCUGAACUCCUGUUAUUAUUAAUAAUGAGUUAUCCGUAUUAUGAGGGUGCCCGUAAUGCGGGUUUUGACUGUACUAAGGAAUAACGUUAACGUUAAAUGGAAUUGAAAGGUCAUCACCACGUACGCCACUAUAAAAUUGCUGAAUUUGGCUAUAAGGGAGUAAGUAAAUGUCUCUGUCAGAUGCCUUAGCAGAGUCACCUGAAUACCACACUGCUGAUCACGAAUAUUCUAAAAAUGCUUUUAAUUCAUGGGGCGGGAGUGGUACGGGGAGUGGAGUGGUACGAGAGGACGGAGAGAAAAAGGAGAGGUAUAAGAGCUUUAAAAAGGUGUAAAUCGAGACAACAAUCACAAGACGGCCGCUAUGCAAAAGAGCUGCUGCAGAAGAAUCAUUAAAACGAAGUCAAUAGAUAUCGAAAAGGUGAAUGAAAAUUUAGAUAACGUUUUCUUGUGGCCGAGAUGAGUCUCAAUGUGUUGGAAAUGUACAGUACGUAUACUAAGCGGUAUGCGUGUUGCUCAGUUUCACUUCCUCACCCGAGGCCUUCGCCCUGAACAUGCUGAAUACACUCAGAUGCCGACUGCGCAGGCCAAGGUUUAAUUUACAAUUCUUUCAUUUUUUUUUUUACAAUUAUUUUGUGAUUUUGAUUACUGGUCACUUAAAGAGGGUGACUACCAUUGUUCCCGUGAUCUGUCCUCUACAGGAAAUGAAAAAAAAAACACGCUUUUAAUCUAUUUUAAAUCCAACCUAGAAACCUUGUUUUUUAAAAGACCUUAACAAGUUCUAACUAGUUUUAAAUUUCCUUACUUCGAUUUUAAGAUUUUUGAGCCAAUUCUUAUUUUACUUUUUGGUAAUUAAAUAUUAAAUGUACUUAACUAAUGUGGGCCCAACUGAAAACCUCCAUGCUGAGUCGCUCUUAUUAUUAUUAAUGGAGUUUCAGUUGCACGAGUGGUUGGUCAUAAUAAAAUAUAUUAAUAUGAUAAUAUUAAUAUAUUAAUCGCUCACACUCCUUAUAAUUUUUGCCAAGAGCACAUGUUUUUCUCAAUUAUGUUUUUGCUUGUAUUGGAUAGACAGAGCCACCAGUGACGUUAACGAAGGCUUAUUGUAUGUAGCCUGUUCCUGGCGUUCAGGUAAGUAGAAAGCGGGAGAAAAAUUCACGAAGAAAAAAAAACGAGGGGAGACUAGAACUCGCUCCCCACUUACCGCUGCGCUCUACUAUCUAAACGCCUGGAACAGGCUGUAUUGUAUUUUGCAUAAACUCCUGUUUAAGAUUUACUAACAAUUUGUUUUAGAUUUGGAAAUGUUGUUGACAAAAGUGACCGAUGCGUUCUUAAUCAAACUUCUACGAGCGGUUUCUAAAGAGGUACGUCAAAAAACCGACAAACAUGUAAUCAGUAACAAGAUUGACGUCUUUCCUAUUCAUUUUCAUAUAAAUUAUUUAUCUUGUAAUUCUAGCAACUAUUUUUUAGUUUUCUUACUCUUUUUGUAUUAACCAUUGUGUCAUUGUAAUUUCUAGAUUUACUAUCGUUCUGACGUACUAUCUUGUAAAUUAAUUAUUAUUGUCACUGAAAAGCCAUCUUUAGGAAGUGUCAUCAAAGUUCGUAUUGCAUCUUAGGUCAUGCGUCAUGGAUUAAGAUGUUUCUUGAAAUGUUACUUUUGGGGGGCGGGGAAGGUAGGGGUAUAACUAGUGACUUCAAGUGCUGAGGAGACUCUUUUUUGAUUAUUUGGGGAGUGGGGACUAUCAGCUCCCCAUUUGACCCCACGAUUCCGCCUUCCGCGAAGGUGUGAAAAUACGGCUUAACCAAUGAUUUUCAUCGGUUUUCUCCCAGCACUUUUACUGUGAAACUUGAAAAUGAACUAUAUGUACUUGAAACUGCGAAAUUAAAUGCGUUCAUCUAUCAAUCUAUUAAUUCACCACUUUACAAAAUAGAGGAAACUGGGCCAAGUUAACUUUUGCAAAGGCUUCUGGGACUGUCUCUAGGGACAAGGGAAAAAAUUGGCCAAUAGCUGAUCGCCGAGUCCCCAGUAAUGAUCCCAGAAACAAUUGCGGGACAGAUUUCUGCUCCAGUCCCUUUCUCGGUUAUAAAGUGGCAAAUUUCAUGUGCCAUCAAAUUGUUGGAAUAUAUUUUGAGAAAUUUUAGCUCCUUAGCAGUUUUGGUAUUUCAACUAGACCAAUGUCGAUAUGUUAAAUUCAUACUUGUCUCGUAGGCUUGGCGGACAGAAACAAGAGAAAUUCCCUUAAGGUAUCGGGGUGAAUAUUACAUUUCGUUUUAUUCCCUAAGCCUUGAGGCCAAGUUUGAAUAUUUAAACAAAAACAUUAGUCUACUAAUGAGAGGACUUUUUGAGAUAACUAAUAUCGUAAAUUAUGUCUAGUAAUUUGGAAAGUCAGGUUUUAGCUGUAAAGUUCUUAAAUCAAAAAUUUUCCUUUUCUCGACUUUACACUGGAUUAUGUCUUUUCCCAGCUUUUUGCAACCAAAUCUCUAUGAUAAUAACACAUUCAAACCUGUGCAGGUUGACCGUUUAAUAAAGGUUUGACCGCCAAACUUAAGGGUUUUUAAAAAAAAGGAAGAUGGUGAAAGAAAGAAAUAUCCUUUUCCAACCCCUUUUUGGCUUCAAACUGUUUCUACCUCCACUAGUACCACAAGAAGAAAGAAAGUAAAAGAAUAGUUAACGCCUUACAUAGUGCAUCUCCUGCGCUAGUAUAGCAGAUCUUGUCAAAGUCACCAUUAAAUGAAUUAGGCUGAUUUAGCAACAGAACGGGAACGUCAGUUGACGACGGCGCGCACAAAUUAAAAAAACUGGCUUGAUCAAUGGCAGAGCGGUAAGUUACCUGUUCCAGGCGUUCAGGUAAGUAGAGAGUGGGAGAAAAAUUCACGAAGAAAAAAAAAAAACGAGGGGAGACUAGAACUCGCUCCCCACUUACCGUCGCUCUCUACUAUCUGAACGCCUGGAACAGACUAUAUUGUAUGUUGCAUAAACUCCUGUUUAAGAUUAACUAACAAUUUGUUUCAGAUUUGGAAAUUUUGUUGACAAAAGUGGCCGAUGAGUUCUUAAUCAAACUUCUACGAGCGGUUUCUAAAGAGGUACGUCAAAAACCGACAAACCUGUAAUCAGUAACAAGAUUGACGUCUUUUCCAUUCAUUUUCAUAUAAAUUAUUUAUCUUGUAAUUCUAGCGACUAUUUUUUAGCUUUCUUACUCUUUUUGUAUUAACCAUUGUGUCAUAGUAAUUUCUAGAUUAACUAUCGUUCUGACGCACUAUAUCUUGUAAAUUAGUUAUUAUUGUCAGUGAAAAGCCAUCUUUAGGAAGUGUCAUCAAAGUUCGUAUUGCAUCUUAGGUUAUGCGUCAUUGACUAAGAUGUUUCUUGAAAUGUUACGUUAGGGGGAAGGGUAGGGGUAUAACUAGUGACUUCAAGUGCUAAGGAGACUCUUUUUUGAUUAUUUGGGGAGGGGGGACUAUCAGCUCCCCAUUUGACCCCACGGCUCCGCCUUCCGCGAAGGUGUGAAAAUAUGGCGUAACCAAUGAUUUUCAGCGGUUUUCUCCCAGCACUUGAAACUUGAAAAUGAACUAUAUGUACUUGAAACUGCGAAAUUAAAUGCGUUCAUCUAUCAAGAAGGAAAAAAAAAGCGAAAUAUAUUGUUUUAAUUCACCACUUUAGCAAACAGAGGAAACUGGGCCAAGUUAACUUUCGCAAAGGCUUCUGGGACUGUCUCUAGGGACAGGAGAAAAAAUUGGCCAAUAGCUGAUCGCCGCGUUUCCAGUAUUGAUCCCAAAAACAAUUGCGGGACAGAUUUCCGCUCCAGUCCCUUUCUCGGUUAUAAAGUGGCAAUUUUUAUGUGCCAUCAAAUUGUUGGAAUAUAUUUUGAGAAAUUUUAGCUCCUUAGCAGUUUUGGUAUUUCAACUAGACGAAUGUCGAUGUAUUAAAUUCAUACUUGUCUCGUAGGCUUGGCGGACAGAAACAAGAGAAAUUCCCUUAAGGUUUCGGGGUGAAUAUUAUAUUUCGUUUUAUUCCCCAAGCCUUGAGGCCAAGUUUGAAUAUUUAAACAAAAACAUUAGUCCACUAAUGAGAGGACUUUUUGAGAUAACUAAUAUCGUAAAUUAUGUCCAGUAAUUUGGAAAGUCAGGUUUUAGCUGUAAAGUUCUUAAAUCAAGAAUUUUCCUUUUCUUGACUUUGCACUGGAUUAUGUCUUUUCCCAGCUUUUUGUAACUAAAUCUCUAUGAUAAUAACACAUUCAAACCUGUGCAGGUUGACCGUUUAAUAAAGGUUUGACCGCCAAACUUAAGGUUUAUUAAAAAAAGGAAGAUGGUGAAAGAGAGAAAUAUCCUUUUCCAACCCCUUUUUGGCUUCAAACUGUUUCUACCUCCACUAGUACCACAAGAAGAAAGAAAGUAAAAGAAUAGUUAACGCCUUACAUAGUGCAUCUCCUGCACUAGUAUAGCAGAUCUUGUCAAAGUCACCAUUAAAUGAAUUAGGCUGAUUUAGCAACAGAACGGGAGCGUCAGUUGACGACGGCGCGCGCAAAUUUAAAAACUGGCUUGAUCAAUGGCAGAGCGGCAAGUUGGGCACUGGAAGUCGUGUUUAGUGCUUUCCGAGCCCCUUCCGUCGUCAACUGACGUUCCCGUCCUGUUGCUAAAUCAGCCUAAAAAUAUCUCGUUGAGACCUCGGAAAGGUGGCUGCGUCCGAUUAAUAGAGAAGACCGCAGUUUGCAUAUUGUACUUAAUUAAAACCUACAAUAGGCGACAAAAUGUGUUAAGACACUUCCUCCUAAACUAGAUUUUUUUACCUUUUACUGACUUCAAAAGAGGGGAAUAUAUCUUUUCAACAAACACCCCAACUUUGAAUUGAGGGAACAACGGAGGGGUGAGGAUUCUUUUGUUCCCUGAGGUUACCUAGCUCUUUGAGUACAAUGUAUCAACAAUUUUGUCGCCGAUUGCAGGUAUUCUCAUUACGAAAUGUCAUAUAACUGUUAUUCUUUUAAAUUCAUUUGUCAGGAUUUUUCAGAAGAUGAUGAUAUAUGAUAUAACAAGAGUCAUGAGUAAGACGGAAGAAUAA